CCUCCCGCCCCGGUCCGGGAAGGAAGGCCGGCGGCCGCGUCACGUGUCCUCGGCAAUCGCGAAACAGGUCUGAUCAACCUCUGUCCGCGUCUGCCUGGCCCGCCCGCCGAUCGAUCAUAGAUCCGCGUCUGCACAAACGGAGGACCAGGAACGUGCAUGCUGCUGGUCCUCGGAUUUCUGGGUUAAUGGGGGUGGGGGAGGCGUGCAAAGCCCGGCCUUUCCAGGAGCCCGUCCCCAGGCUGAUUUUAAGCCUCGAGGCUAGCCAGCUCUUUGGACGUUUGCACUGCAGCCUGGACCCUAGGCCAGACCGAGGGAGCCUCGCUGCGUAGAAGAGAAGCGUCCUAUCCCCACGGCACCCACAAUGCUUUGCCGCCCGGGACCGUCCCCGGGGGUGGGGAGCGGGCAGCGUGGCAGCGGCUGCGGCUGUCUCGUGGCGCCGCGCCAGAGAGGAAGAUGCGGGAGCAACAGUUCAUACGCUGGGGUGACGUAUGCGGUUGCCCUUAAGCAAGCAGCCUCUGGCGCUUGGGACGGAUUUCUGGAGCCAGAAUCUCAGACUUUUAGCUUUGUUCCGAUGGGAGCCGGAACCCUCAGGGAAACCGGAGCUUGUUUUCUGCGUCCUUAGGGACCCUGCAGGCUGUCAUCUCUUUCUAAUUUGGUGCAGAAAACGGCACAGCCUAGGGUGUAAAGCUUCCCAGGUGAAGGGGAGAAGAUGGGAGUGCACCAGGCUAAUUGGAGGAGGCUCCGGUGGGAAGGAGUCCUUUCCAAGUAUAAGAGGAAUAAAGAAGUUACUUCCCCUGCUGCCACCAUCUCCCAACAGACUGAGCAAGAAUAUUUCGAGCGCUACAGCAACGACAGUCCAUCAAACCCUAGAUGAUGAUCAGCCGUGUGACUUUUUCAAGAAAGGGAAUAGGGUGAAUAAAUCUUAUCAGAAAAGCAGCAAUAUGAAUGCAGGCCCCUCUUGGAAUAAAGUACAGCGUCCAAAGAAUUCAAGAAAAAGGCAGAGUAAAUCCCAAGUCCCCCAUAUCUCGUCCCAGCUGAAAAGCAGUCUCGGAGAAUGUGUCCCCCAACCAACUGGGGAUAAACUGAAGGAAAGCAUUUCCCCGGAAGGAAACCCCAAAAGGAGUCCCCUUGGCUACAGGUGUCGGGGGUCCUCAGGGAACAAGUUGUUUCUGGACUUUCAGACGAUGAAAAUUAUCAAAGAAGAUGCUGAGGAGGACAGUGCCAGUGAUCUCUCUGAUUCAGAAAGAAUCCCCGUCCCCCCUUCUCCCCUCACGCCUCCAGAUCUUCACCUUCGAGCCGAAGAGAUUGACGCGGUUCGCUUCGAUCUGCACCCAGGGCAGAGUCCCACCCAGCCCGAAUACUGUUACCCUGACUUCCUCCCGGCCCCGUGUAACUCCUGGGACCUGAGGGACAUGGCUGUGCUCCUGCACUCUGAGCGCAGGACAGAGGCUGUGCCCAGAACCGGGGGGCUGCUGGGGAAGUACAUUGACAGGCUUGUCCAGCUCGAGUGGCUGCAGAUCCAGACUGUCCAGUGCGAGAAAGGAAAGGGGGCCAAAGCGAGGCCUCCCACUGCCCCUGGGACCUCGGGGGCUCUGAAGAGCCCCGGGAGAAGCAAGCUGAUUGCCCACGCUCUGUCCAGGCCUCAGCAGGAAGGGCCUCCGAAGUCAGGCCCUUCACGAAAGAAAGACGUGCACCGCGAAGAAGUCCAUCCGUCCUAUUACACGUGUGAGGCUUCCACCAAACCCCUCGAUGUGCUGAGUGGCAGCAGACUGUGUUCUCAGAAGCAAACCCUGGACGUGCAGACAGAGGAGAAGAAAAAGAAAUCCAACAAGAGCUCUAAGCUGCAGCACUGGGAUCUAUCCUGCGGGGAUAGUGGCGACCCUAAGAUCGAGAGCAGCGUGAACCUUCGCUUUCCCAGGCAGCCAGCGGUGAUCGGGGACUCCACAGACAGCUACAAGGCCUCCAGAGCGCCAGCACAUGCAAGUCUUAAGAAAAAGGGAAAUGCAAAUAAUUGUGCUCGAGCCACUGUAUCCAGCGAGAAAAAGCUCAAAACAAAUGGAGUAAAACAAAACACACACAAAUUCAAAUCAUAACUGAGAUGAUGAAUUGCAAGGACCUGCAGGUGCCUCAAUAUUAGAGCUCUUCCAAAAGUUACAAUACUGUGAAUUUUAAGAGACUUUGGGAUUACUGCCACUGAAGAGGUUGACCAGUUCUUUAGUCCAUGCCACGCCCAUCCAAGCCACAACAGGGUCGUUUCCAAAGAAGGGUGUCUUUCAGUAACCAUAUUUUGCGUUGACAGUCUUAGGCAAAUGAGAGCCCUUCAGAUGAAAAUUAACCAAGAUCUGUGCCAUAUAAAGAAAUAAAACGACAGCUCUCCAAGGGAAGAGUGGACUAAACUUCUGAAACCUCAGCCAGGCCACGUACAGCGUAGGUAAACUAGUGCGUACUGCUUCAAACGGUGUAGAAUCCUGAAUGUCUGAAAUAGGGCUCUCUGCAUCCUCAUCCUAAACUAUUCAAGCAGAAGGUCCGGGCAUCUCACUCCUGGGGAAGCUUCGGCUCUUCCUCGAGUUACGGAGCAGCUAUUAUGAGCAAAGUCAUUUAUCACUAAGCUGCCUGCUCCUUCCAGACAGUGGAAUCUAGUGCUUUCAAACACUUUCCCUGAUACGGGUUUACAAAAAAAAACAAGGCCGGGCUUCCCUGGUGGCACAGUGGUUGAGAGUCCGCCUGCCUAUGCAGGGGACACGGGUUUGUGCCCCGGUCCAGGAAGAUCCCACAUGCCGCAGAGCGGCUGGGCCCGUGAGCCAUGGCCGCUGAGCCUGCGCGUCCGGAGCCUGUGCUCCGCAACGGGAGAGGCCACAAAAGUGAGAGGCCCGCGUACCGCAAAAAAAAAAAAAAAAAGGCCUUUUCAAUUUAGAGGUGGUGGCAAAGUCCAUUUCUGUAUUCUCUAAGCUGAAGUUAAAAUAGCGUGCAGGCUUCGUCCCAGUGGACGUCGGUGGGCCUAAGCACGGUUGUUAGCACGUGAUGGGAGGAAGAAUGAAACAGGUGGCACCAGACUCCCCGGCGUGUGUGGCUUCUCUGAAGAGGUGCCGUGGGAAGAAUCAUCAGAAUGAUGAUCUGUCUUCAUUUGCAAGAGCAGGACUUUAUAAUCUUGCUGGGAGCAGGGGGUGGGAGGGCGGACCAUGGAUAAAGUUACUGAAUGUCUUAACCUCCUCACCUGGCCCCACGGCUUCCUGACUCCCCUAAAUGCUUCUUAUUUGACUGCUGUUAAGUCACAUCUACUUGUCCCUAUGGUUGUGCUGAGAGAUUUCUCUUGAUAUUAUGGUGAAUAUCUGUAGAACCUUUGCUUGACUACUUCUUGAUAUACAGUAUGUUUUAAUGACUGUAGCUGAUUUUAUCCCUUCAAACGAUUAUUCUAUUUGUUUUUUUACCUAUAUGUUUCUGUUUUCUCACCUUUGGGACAAAUGAAAAACUUGGCACUUUUCAUCUGAAAAUAUUUACUAACUUGCAGACUUUUCACCCAGUAACUCAGUGUCAUCCAAGGCACUGUUUAAGUUAACAUAAAGACAAGAUGCAUUUAUAAAUAAUUAAAAUAGGCCAAAGUUGAAUAUUAAGAUGCCAUUUUAAAAUCUGAUUUUAAUUGUAUUAAACAACAAAAAUUUUUAUGGUAAUUUUUUUUUCUUCUAAGACUUUAUUUACAGAGUCCCUCUUAUAUUCUCUCUCACACCACCCUACUGGAGAAAGCACUGCUUACAAUAAAAUCUUAUGCAUUUUUAUAAAUGAACAAAUGAUGUACAUCUGGCAGGCAUUACUUCCAUGGUUUGCAAUUAUAUUAUAACUUUUGUACUCAGUGUAAGUAUAGUGUUUUGAAAACAUAGUGCUAGUCUUACUUUUCCUUUCUGUGGUUCCUGAGUGGCACCCCACAUAUCCCUCGACGGCCCUGCUCCUGUGAGUACAGAUGGGUUAGUCCUAUAUACACUGCCAGUACCCAAUUCAUGAGUCUUUUUCUGCUAGAUUUUUAUGCAGCUUUUUAUGAAGUAUUCAGGGUCGAUAAAUCUCUGUAAGCACAUUACAUAUAUUUACACACAUAUAUACACAUAUAUAUAUGCCUGAUAUUAAUCCUACAGGGUUUAUGCUGAGCUGCCGCCUCUACCAGUAAUGCACCUGUGCAGGUACCCUCAGAGAUGUGGAGGGUGAGGGUGACGUAGUUUACCUUUCCCGGCCUCGUGUAUGUCUGAGCUGAUUAAGAAAUGUUGAGGUAACGCCUCGGGUGUUACAUUUGUUCCUAGCUCUUUGACUUGAAGUCAGUUGCUUAAUUUGGGGGGAUAGCUAUAAUGUCACAUGUUAAGACAGUCUUAAAAGCCUGAAAAGUGGCUUUACUUGUUUAUUUUUUUGCCUCGGGUUGGUAGUUUAUUUUAACCAACAUUAUUGUGAUUGGAUCAGAGCUCCUAAUGAAUAUAGGUUCAUUAUGGACAUAAGCACAGUUUUAUGAUUUCUGACGCACAUAUCUUAAUGCACUAAAUGCUGCACAUAAAGGUCUUGCCAUUCAAGCAGACAACAUUGGAGAGUUGAGUCAGGAGCUCAUUCGGCUCAUCAAAUCGAAGCCAUUGAAUCUUGUGACAUGAGUCAUUGUAUUUCUAAGAAGUGCCUCUCAUUUCUGUGGAGUUGUUUACAUACAUGUUGCAUUUAAACCAAUUAAAAUGAUCCAAUAAAAUAAAAUAAAUGGUAGCAAACCCCCCCCCCCCAAAGUUUAGAGAAUGUAAGAAGAACUGCUUCAAGCUUAGGAUCAGGGGAAAAAGUUGUAAAAAAGUACAAAAAUGAAUUACAAAAAUAUAUCAGUAUUAGCUACAAUUGUUUGAGACUAUUUCUCAAAUCUUUAAUGACUAAACUGGCUGAAGGUUUGUAAGUUAACUGGAAUAGGGUGGGAUUGGUGGUUAUGACAGAAAAGAUGGGGGAGAGGAUAUCAUUGAUUAGUAGUGGUGCUUAGGCCUAUUUGGUUAGUUUCCAGAAAGAAGAAUUUCUACCUUUUACAUGUUUAAAUAUUAUCUAUCUCCUCUUUCCUUUAUGCUCAUUUACGUGAGUAGUAAAAUAAAAAUAUAAAACUCCUGGUGGUACUGUAUUUCAAGGUAAUAGAGAAGCAGUAUUUAUUACUUAUUCAUGUACAUGCACAGAGCACCAUUCAAAAUGGCCUGAAAAUAUUCAGCAUGUUAGUUUCUGUGUAAUUAUUGUAUGCUUGGUUUUGUAUAUAAUAAAACAAUACACGUAGGUUUUUGUGCAUCUGGACUUUUUCCUUCCU